UAUGUGAUUCAGCAAAUGUAUAAAGAAGCUUGGACGACUUUUGGAGAUGUUACAAAUAAAGAUGCUUGGUUUAAUUGCUUUAAGGAAAAGUGUACGUGGGAUCCAAUGAGCGAGAAACUUGUUAAAAAAAAUUAUUUCAGCAGAACAUCAAAAAGACUUUCUGACACGUUGCGAAAUGUUAGAAAGCGUUGGGAACGUGAUGGUAGUCGUCCUGGGUGGUUGGGCCAAGAAGUUCUUGAAAAACUUAUUGCAUAUUGGAAUUCAAAGGAAUUUAAAGCUAAGUCUGAAAAUGCUAAAAAAAUGAGGGCAUCUGAAAAAGGAGGUCACCUUAAUGCAGUUGGAAGUAUAAGCACUUACGAACAUUCUCGACGCAUGGCUAAAAGGUUGGGGAGACAACCACUCAUGAUCGAGUUGGUUAAAGAAACUAGGACAAAAAAAUCGGGUGAUUUAGUUGACGAGCGUACUCGAAAAGCUUUGGAGGAUUAUCAAACAAAGCUUGUGGAUUUUUUGGUCGCUAAUCCCAAAUAUACUCCUAGAGAAGGAGAGCCGCUUCAUCCAGAUGUUGAUUUUUAUAUUUGGAGUGAAGUCAUUGACGGAAAAGGGCCUAUUGGAUGUUUUUUUGGUGCGGGAAAUUUGGCGGGAAGCUUGAGAAGUGGAGAUCGAAAUUUAUUUCAAAGAGUUAGAGAUGGGGAAGGAUCGUCACGUCCAACACAAUUGGCACCGCAAGUAAUGGAAACAAUAAGACAGUUGGCUCUAACUGAGGCGAGACGCGAGUUAGCGCAACGUGAGGCGGAGCUAAAGGCCCAAAUGGAUGAACGUGAGGCGGCGCUAAAAGCACAAGUGGAGGGGCAACAACGGCAAAUAGAGGCAAUGGCAAAGAUGCAAGCAGAGAUACAACAACAACAAAUAGAGGCAAUGGCGAAGAUGCAAGCAGAGAUGCAACAACAAAUGCGGUUAUUUAUGCAGUCUCAACAAAGUGGUGGUCAACCGUCUAGAGGAAACGUGGGAGCGGCUGACACUGAGCAAGAGAAUGAUCAUGAUUUCAACCUUGAUAACUAUCCCGAUCCCGAUGAUGAUUUUUUAGGAUGAAUUUUAUUUUUAUUUUAAUUUUAAAUUGUAUGAGAUAACAAAAUUUUAUUUAUUAUAUGUUAGUAUUUUGGAUAUUAUAUUAUAAAUAUAAUAUA